CUUCCCGGCCAUCCCCACACGUUUCCAGCGCCUUCUCCUGCGGCCCCCCCGCGCUCCCCUCGGGCUCCCGCGCGGCGCCUGCGCGCGCCGGCGCCGAGCUCCGCCAUGGCGGCCUGGACGUGCUGCCGGGUGGCCGCCGUGUCCUGCCUGGUGCUCUGCGUCUCCCUGCUCCUGCCGCGCACCUUCCUGCCCCGGGCCGGCGGCAGGCAGGAGCCCGGCGCCGCGCCGCCCGAGGGGAAGCUCAGUCGCUUUCCACCGAGGAUGCAUUCCCACGCCACUCCCGACGGCCGAGCUGUCCCUCAUUUUCCAAGGUCUCACCUCACUGAAGCAGUUGCCAAGGCCAAGGCAGGUGGAGGUGGUAGUGGAAGCACUGGUGGAAGUGGAAGAGGCCUUGUGGGACAGAUUAUCCCUAUAUAUGGAUUUGGCAUCUUCUUAUAUAUUCUGUACAUUUUAUUUAAGCUGGCUUCCAAGGGAAGAACUACUCCUGCAGAGCGGAAAUGCCCCCCUGCUACACCUGGGAACAUGAAGAGGAAAAUCACUGACUAUGAGCUCACUCAACUCCAGGAAAGACUGAGAGAGACAGAAGAAGCAAUGGAAAAAUUAAUCAACAGAGUAGGACCUAUGUAUGACAGCAGGACUCAAAAUGUUACAACAGACCAGGAAAAAAUGUUACUGCAACAACUCAGAGAAAUUACUAGAGUUAUGAAAGAAGGAAAAUUCAUAGAUGACAUCUCUCCUGAGAAGGAAGCUGAGGAAGCUCCUUACAUGACAGAUUGGGAAGGUUAUCCAGAAGAGACCUAUCCUGUCUACGAUAAUUCCGAUUGCUUCAAGCGCAAGCAGGACACAAUCCUUGUAGAUUACCCUGACCUGAGCCAGCCCUCUCCAGAAGAGCUGGCAGAAAGAAUGGAGGGCAUGGAAGAUGAGGAGUAUCCUUAUGAUGAAACCCUGCUAAGUGAUCUCACCACAGGAAUGGGUGGUCAGGAUUUAAUGCAGGAAAAGGAUGAUGUAACUCUUGUCAAGGAGGAGAAGAGUGACCUUCCUCCCAGCCAGAGCACUGGGGAGUGCUGCUGCUGCUGUGAUGAUGAUCCUGCUGUCAUAGCAGAGAAUGCUGGAUUCCACUCUGAGAGCUGCAGUGAAGUAGAAGAGACAAGCCAAGAGGACCUGUCCGUGGAGUCAGAAAAUGAAAAUGCUGCACUGGAAAAGCAAAAGACCAGUGAUUCAGAGCAGACAGGCACACUGAGAAAGCGCAACACCAAAGUACUUGAUUGAUAGGGACAGCCGUCUGGAUGGUAAAGGUAGAGGUCAUGAACUGUCAUCCAUGUGGGUUCUGUUCCCACUGAGGACUUCUCUGUGUUCAUCUCCUUGUACCUAUUGCAUUCUCAUGGUACCAGUCACAUCAUCUGCCUGAACUGGAAGCCAAUGCCCUCUUUCAUGCACACAUCAUGGGUUACCAAGAUGCUGCCAACAGUGCUUUGCCCUUGAUUUUUGAAGCCUUGUAUUUUGGAGCAGAUAUUUGUGACUCCUUCCUUUUCAAUUCUGAAGGAGCUGUCCUUGGUUUUGCCCUUUGUCAUCCCAGAGUUAACCAAAUGUCUCUUCUGACUUUUUCAAAAACAUCUGUGUGCUACUAGUUAGGAGAGUUAUUCAAAUCCUUAUAUAUACGUGAGUUUACUGGGAUGCUGAAGGACAAAAUAUGCCUUCUUUCUCUUAGCUCAGUGUUAACUGGUCAGCAGAGCAGAUCAUAGUCACACACAUGACUCUCUCAACUCUGUCAUUGCUCUCUACUCUUGAGAAACUGCUGUCACCAUAAUCCACAAAGCUCUUCUGCUACCCCACAGCCCCUUUCCCAGUCAUUCCGUGUUGUUGGAACAGUAGCCUAAUCCCUGUUGUGUUACUUGUGUGAGCAAGACUGAAGCUCUGUGGGUUGUGCUUUAACUUUGCCUUAGCUGUGGUGAAAUUCCCAGAUGAUUGCAGGAAGUGGACCACAAUGUGUGAGAGCACUAAAAAUAUCCCUAGAGAUUAAAACCAAAAAAGCAGUGUUACGGUUUGUCUGUAAAGGAGAGAACAGCAUGAGGGGGACCCUCAGACUGAAAGCAGCAGUUGAACUUUUCUUUCUUCCAAGAAACCGGCGUGGUUUUUACGCUCUUGGAAUGCUGUUGCCAGGGUCAUGUUGAGACCACACCAGGUAUGGGAUAAGGAGGGUGCUGGAGCCAAGGUUCUCCUGAGGAGAGGUGGCAGGCAGCCCCUGUGCCCAAGCCUUUCUUGUAUAAGCAGCAUGGCAGGUGGAAUGGGCUCCAGGAAAGGUUCCCUCAGCUCUUAUGACCCUCCUGCUUCUUCCAUACCUGGGCCCUUUUCAGGCCCACCAUAACCCAACGUACUGGGCCACACCACACUCAUGGCCCAGUCACAGUGGCUGUUUGUGAUGUCACCAGUCCCCUGAGUGCUCUGGCACUACAGAGGCAGGGCCCUCUGCAGCUGCCCUCCUGUCCACCCAGCUCUGAGGCCCCUGAUGAACAUCUGGAAGAAUGAAAAGCCGGAGCAGCGAGGCGGGUGGCAGACCACUUGUGUAAGGGACGGCAGCAGGGCCCCUUCCAAUGAUGACUGAAGAGGAAGGCAUGUGCCAGGAGGAGGCCGUGGAAGAGGAGGAACAAAAUCACCCCUCUGCCAUGAGUGCCACCACCCUCAGUUCCCUGGUCAUGGCCAUGCAGAGCUUGGCUCUGUGCCCUCCAGGGAACGGUGUGCAGCCCAGGGACAUCGGCCUGCCAGGGAACCACCGGAGCAGGGAGCUGGGUGGCCGCCCACCUUUGCGUGGGACAGCACAGAGACACGUCCGGCAGCGGCCAAAGGGGGAGUCACUUUCCCUGGGCCUGAAAAAUGGCAACAAUCGACAGUGCAGGAGGAGGAAGGAAAGGAGGAGAAGGAGGAGCAUCAGCCCUUGCACCAUGAGAGCCAUUGCCGACACGCGAGGAACAGCAUGCAGCGCCUGUCUCCAGGAAUACUGGCGGCUCAAAAUCCGCACCUGCCUGGCUGAAAAAUAAGCAACAAGACAAGGAUGAAAAUCCUGUCCAUUCUCCUUAUUUGGUACUUUGGUGACAGCACAUGUGCUCCCACGACCCCUUAAGUAGGAGGUGUUUUUUAGGAACUUCAGAAACUUUCCAGUUCCAUGUCCACCUGCUUUGCUGGUGCCACCUUACAUCCUGGGAUUUUUUAGGCUAUGACAUCAACAAUUUGAGACUAGUUUUUUUAAACAGAGUAAAAUUAUCAUAAUGAAAGCAUGGAGCCCUAGGAAUUUCUUCUUUGCAAACGUGCUACGGAAUAUUACAGAAUCCCAGCCCCCACACAGAGCCUGUCCUACUAGCUCACCUAUUCCAUGUCCUGGCAUCAACAAUCAUUUGUUGAUUGCUAUGCAUUAUAUGAGCCCUUCCUUCUCAUCCCCUAAACCCACCCUUCCUGGAGCUCCUCAGGGAAAGACAUGAAUUGACUUGGCUUUCACCAGGCUACUGUGCUGAGGUGACAGAAGUUAUCCCCAAGAGGGCCACUGAGGUUCCUGGGGUCUGGAGGUGGGGUUGCUUCAGUCUGAGGUCAACAAGAAUCCCUGAUGGACGAGUGAAGUCAGCCUUGCAUAGAGAAUAUUAGCAGACCAAGCCAAGAACAUAAACAGCUGUUUCUUUUGGAGAAGCAACAGAUGGCAGGAAGAAGUGCUGGCCUUCACAUGGAUGUCCCUUCUAGCUGCUUCAUAGGAAGUUCUUUUCAAUGUUGGGAAAUAAAUUUUAAAAAACCAAACCAAUAAACCAAAAAAAAAAAAAAAACCA